AGGCAGGUUGGCAAUUAAAAUGUGAUUUCAUCAGAGCAUCUAGCCAAAUAGACAAAUAUUUAUACCAUAAUGGUAACAUUAAUGAUAAUACUAUGAACUAUUUAUAUAUGCAGUAUGAUAUCAAAGACU